AUGCAGCCAUCUGAAAUGGUCAUGAACCCCAAACAAGUCUUCCUCUCGCUGCUGAUAUUUGGGGUAGCAGGGCUACUCCUCUUCAUGUAUUUGCAAGUCUGGAUUGAAGAACAACACACAGGGAGAGUGGAGAAGAAAAGAGAACAAAAAGCAACUUCAGGCUGGGGAGGGAUAAAUUACUUGCAGCCUGUACCCAGAAUCAUGACUAGAGAAAAAAUCCAAGAACAUAGCACCGACCAGAACCCUAAGUACCACAUGCCUGAGGAUCUCAAGAAGAAAAAGGAAAAUCUUCCUCUUUACUCUGAGAGGUCUACUAGGGGCUUAACGGAGACCAGCCACUCACGAGGAGAGGGUCAAGCUUUAGGUAAGACCACGGAGUUACCAACCACUAAGUUGACUGAAAAACAUCAAGGAACUAAGACCCUUUCCAAGAAGUUCAGAGAAAUGAAUUGGCCGUUGGACAUUCACCCUUUAAACAAAAGUUUAGUCAAAGACAACAGAUGGAAGAAAACUGAUACAACCCAAGAGAAACGCAGAUCAUUCCUUCAGGAGUUUUGCAAGAAAUAUGGUGGGACGAGCCAUCCUCAAUCACAUCUUUUUCACAUGGUAUCCAGGAUCUAUGUAGAAGAUAAACACAAAAUCCUAUAUUGUGAAGUACCUAAGGCUGGCUGUUCCAACUGGAAAAGAAUUCUGAUGGUACUCAAUGGAUUGGCUCCCUCUGCAUAUAAUAUCUCCCAUGAUGCUGUUCACUAUGGGAAGCAUUUGAAAAAGCUAGACAGCUUUGACUUAAAAGGGAUAUAUACUCGCUUGAAUACCUACACCAAAGCUGUGUUUGUUCGUGAUCCCAUGGAACGAUUAGUGUCAGCAUUUAGGGACAAAUUUGAACACCCUAAUAGUUACUACCAUCCAGUAUUUGGGAAGGCAAUUAUAAAGAAAUAUCGCCCAAAUGCCUGUGAGGAAGCAUUAAAUAAUGGAUCUGGAGUCAAAUUCAAAGAGUUCAUCCACUAUUUGCUGGACUCUCACCGUCCGGUAGGAAUGGACAUUCACUGGGAAAAAGUCGGCAAACUCUGCUAUCCAUGUUUGAUCAACUACGAUUUUGUUGGGAAGUUUGAAACUUUGGAAGAAGAUGCCAAUUACUUUUUGCAACUGAUUGGUGCUCCAAAAGAGCUAAAAUUUCCAAACUUUAAGGAUAGGCACUCUUAAAAAAAAGAAAGAACCAAUGCUCAGGUUGUGAAACAGUAUUUAAAGGAUCUGACUAGAACUGAGAGACAAUUAAUCUAUGACUUUUAUUACUUGGACUAUUUGAUGUUUAAUUAUACAACUCCAUUUUUGUAG